AUGUCUUAUUCAAACAAAUAUACUUUUGCUGCCUUGCCGAGGACACAGCGAGGUACGCCGCUGGUUUUAGGCGGAGACCCAAAGGGAAAGAAUUUCCUUUACACCAACGGGAAUUCAGUUAUAAUACGUGAUAUCGAGAACCCGGCCAUCUCAGAUGUGUAUACGGAACAUUCGUGUCAAGUUAAUGUCGCUAAAUAUUCGCCGAGCGGCUUCUAUAUUGCUUCCGGAGAUGCUUCUGGCAAGGUGCGUAUUUGGGACACAGUCAACAAGGAGCAUAUCCUCAAGAAUGAGUUCCAGCCUAUCGGAGGACCUAUCAAGGAUAUCGCAUGGAGUGCUGACAGUCAGCGUAUGGUCGUUGUUGGAGAAGGACGCGAGAAAUUCGGUCAUGUAUUCAUGGCGGAGACUGGUACUUCUGUGGGCGAGAUCAGCGGCCAGUCGAAGCCAAUAAAUUCGGUGGACUUCAGACCCUCGCGUCCAUUCCGUAUCGUGACCGCCUCGGAAGAUAACACUAUUGCUGUGUUUGAAGGUCCCCCCUUCAAAUUCAAAUGCACUAAACAGGAGCACACUCGCUUCGCGCAGGCAGUACGUUACAGUCCCGACGGUGGACUGUUCGCUUCAGCUGGAUUUGAUGGCAAGAUAUAUCUCUAUGAUGGUGCUACCUCUGAACUUAAGGGAGAGAUCGGGUCGCACAAGGGAGGUGUGUACGGAAUCUCUUGGUCUCCGGACGGAAAACGGCUGCUUUCUUGCUCUGGUGAUAAGACUUGUGCCGUCUGGGAUAUUGAAACAAUGCAGCGUUCCAUCACCUUCAAUAUGGGCAAUGCUGUUGAAAAUCAACAGGUAUCGUGUCUUUGGCAAGGUAAGUACCUGAUCUCAGUAUCCCUGUCCGGAGUCAUCAACUACCUGGACAUGGAGAACCCGGACAAGCCGCUCCGUGUGCUGAUGGGACACAACAAACCCAUCACCUGCCUCGCUCUGGAGACCAGCACCAGCACCGUGUACACCGCCAGCCAUGAUGGAUGUGUUACUUCCUGGAAUACUGCCACCGGUGAAGGUCGUCAUAUCGGAGGAACUGGACAUGGUAACCAGGUGAAUGGUAUGAGUGUUGGUAAAAACGGUAGUCUGCUCACCUGCGGUAUUGAUGACUCCCUGCGCUAUGCUGUACCCGCUAACGAAGGUGAUGCUCCUACAUAUACUGACAGUGUGGUAACACUGGGCUCUCAGCCACGUGCCAUGGACCAUGUCAUAGAGGAUGACCUCACUGUUGUCGCUACUGUCAAAGAGUUAAUAGUUUUGAUGGGUAACAACAAGCAAUCAACUUUGCCGGUGAACUACGAGCCGACUUGUGUCGCUAUUGAUCCAAAAUUGAAGCAUAUCGCUGUUGGUGGUGGUAACAACAAAGUGCACAUUUACUCAUUGGACAAGCGGUCAUUGCUGCCACGUUCAGAGCUGACACACCUUGGAGCUGUCACCAGCGUUGCCUACAGUCCUGACUCCAGAUACCUUGUCGCUGCAGAUGUCAAUCGCAAGCUCAUAUUAUAUGAUGUUGAAGGAUAUACUUUGGCACACAACAAGGAGUGGGGUUUCCACACUGCGCGUGUCAACUGUGUGGCCUGGUCUCCGGACUCGAAACGCGUUGCGUCCGGAUCUCUGGACACCAGCAUCAUUGUGUGGAGUGUUGAUACACCAGCUAAACACACAGUUAUCAAAAAUGCUCAUCCUCAGAGUCAGAUCACAGGUCUGGCCUGGUUAGACGACGAGACUGUUGUCUCCGUGGGACAGGAUGGCAACACUCGCGUCUGGAACGUGCCCAAGGCCUAGGCCGGGCAGAGGCAAGACCUAGGCCUGGCAGAGGCGAGACCUUUGCCUUGCAGAG